AUGCAACACACACCACUAGCGAAACAAGAAAUGCUGGAUAAAUGUCAGAAGCAUUAUAACAAAGAUCCAUCAAAAUUAAAAAGAAUUCAAGAGUUUGCUGAUACCUAUAAAAAGGAGGAGGCUAUCAAGUGGUUCACGAAGGAUUCUUUUAUCUACCGACUUCUUAAUAGAGCUCUCCGAACGGAAGAUAUCAAUGCUUUGUACAUAUUUCGUUUCUAUAUUAGUGACCUUUGUUCGAGCCUUGAAGAACGAUGUGAACUUACAAAGGAGUUCAUUAACGUUGGCAAGGUAUAUCGUGGUCUUCAACUUCAUCAAGAACAGAUUGAUAAACUAAAAACAAGUAUAGGCAGUUUGAUAUCGUUAUACGGAUUUGUGUCCACAAGCACAAUCAAAGAGCUGGCUUUAAUAUAUGCAGGAACCGACUGUAAGGAUUUAGUACCGGUAAUAUUCGAAAUCGACUUAGACGCUAAAACAGAUCAGACUAUAUUUACUUAUAUAGCGUACGAGAGUAACUUUCCAGAUCAAGAAGAGAUUUUAAUAGACAUUGGCACGACGUUCAGAAUUAAAGAAGUUGCUCUAGAUAAAGGCGUUUGGACAGUAAGUUUAGCAGCAACUAAUGAAGGUAGAGAGAUUGUUAACGGCUACUUAGCCUUGCAGCAGUCCGAAGUAGCUGAAAUAGGUACUACUAUUUUAUUCGGACGACUUUUAGCUGAUAUGGGUAAAUACCAGAAAUCACAAGGGUAUUUUGAAGGAUUGCUGAAAACACCAGACGGUGAAAAUGUUGCCAAUAUUUACUACAAUAUUGGUCGCGCACUUUAUUUGAAUGGUAAAUAUGAUGAUGCUUUAACUUAUUACAUUCGUGCAUACGAGCAAAGUCAUCAUCCACAAUCUGCGAUACAAGCAGCUCGAAUAUUAAAUGGCAUUGGAAAUGUGUAUUAUAGCUGUAAUGAGUAUGAUAAAGCUAGGAAACAUCAUUUAAGAUCGUUGAAAAUACGGCAAAAGAUGCAUUUAACCGAUCAUUACGAUGUUGCUGAGAGUUUAAAUGAUCUGGCUGGUACUUAUAGCAGUUUAAAUAACCAUAAGAUGGCCGAGAAAUAUUAUUCAGAAGCAUUUAACAUGUACCAGAGGACAUUACCAGCGAAUCACCAUCGAAUUGGAGAAUGUUAUAAUACUAACGGUGUUAUACUUCAAGAGAAAGGUGAAUACGACAAAGCUCUAGUUGCGUAUACAAAUGCUCACAAAUUGCGAAAACGAGUUUUGCUUCUAAAUCACCCAGAUUUCGCCGACAAUCUGUUGAAUAUCGGCAUGAUCUAUUAUCAUCAAAACGAUUAUGAUACAGCCGAAAAAUAUUACAAGGACGCGUUGGUCAUACAAGAACGAGAACUACCAUCAGAUCAUCCAGCUCUGGCACGGACUAUGCAUGAAAUAGGCGUCAUUUAUUAUCGUCAAGACAAUUACAUGCAAGCGUUCAACUACCAUGUAAAAGCUAUGAAUAUCUUCUACAAAAUGUUACCGGCUAAUAGAUUAAAUUUUGCUCGUAGUUUACAUGAAAUUGGUACCGUUUCCUAUGAACUGAAUGACUAUCAGAUGGCUUUCGAUUGUUACAAACAAGCUCUAAAUAUAAAAAAGAAAAUUUUGUCCAAUAAACACUAUGAUUUUGGUCGAACAUUGAAUAAUAUGGGUGCUCUUUAUCAUGCACUAGGAGAAAAGUCUGAAGCAUUUAAAUGUUAUUCAAAGGCACUGAGAAUAUUUCAACAAACAUUAGUCAGUGAUCAUGCCGAUAUUUUGAGUGUAAGAAGCAAUACUGACAAACUUAGAAGUAGAGCAGAGCGUCUGAUAGAUUUAUUCCGAGGCGCCUAA